CAAAAACCCAAUUUGGUCAUUUUCAAAUCGAACGAUUGAUAAGCUUUCCUCAAGUAUGCGAAUUUUUGUAAAGUGUAUUCAGUGCUACACAGUCCGUCAAAAUGACGAUACUCCGAAUGAUUUUAUUCCUAACAUCGCUGCUUGCAGCGAUUACUUUAUCGGAGGGGAAACUAGCCAAUUCUAAUCGACAAUACCCGAAUUUCGGACGUGAGAUGCGCCAAGAAUUUUUGAUGGAUUCCCAGUUCAUACUUCUUGAUCACGGUGCAUACGGUACAGCACCGAAGGUAACAUUUGACGCUCUGCAUGAGUACCAGGACCGUGCAGAAGCCAAUCCGGACUUGUGGAUCAGACGUGACGUAGAAAGUGAAUUGUUAAAAGUGCGCGAAUUGUUGGGAAAAUUGGUCAAUGCAUCGGCUGACGACAUCGUUAUGAUCAUCAACACAACCAGUGCAAUGAAUGCCAUUUUUCGCAGCAUGGUCUUCGGUUUUGGUGAACGCAUUUUACAAUUCAGUACAAUUUAUGGUUCCAUGGCCAGUGUGAUAAAGUACGUCUGUGACUACAGUAACGGUGCUGUCAGCGCUAUUACAUUCGACGUAACGUAUCCGAUUUCAAAUUAUCAAAUUGUCAAAAAUUUCGAAGAAUUUCUUAACGCAAAUGAUGAUCCCGCUCAACCCAUCCGAUUGGCUCUAAUCGAUCAUAUUACGUCAGUGCCCGGUGUAAUCGUUCCAAUUGAAAGACUGAUUCCUUUGCUAAAGGCACGCAACAUUACUGUGCUAAUAGAUGGCGCUCAUGCCAUCGGUCAGAUUCCAAUCGAUAUAACUGCGCUAGCUCCCGACUAUUACAUUACGAAUUGUCAUAAAUGGUUGUAUGCUACCAGAGGCUGUGCCAUGAUGUACGUUGACAAAAAGCAUCAGGGCACAAUUCAUCCAGCUCAUAUAACCGCGGGCUACUCUCAACCAUCAAAUUUUCAAAACGAAUUUUCGUGGACAGGAACAAUGGACUUUAGUCCAUACAUGACCGUUCCCGCAGCUUUGAAAUUUCGAGAAGACGUUGGCGGUGAAGCAGCUAUUAUGUCAUACAAUCAUCGGUUGGCCAUUGAUGGUGGCACCGCUUUAGCCAACGCUUUUGGAACCCAGAUCAUUCAAGACGAAGACCAAAUGGGAAACAUGGUCGACGUACGCCUUCCCAUUAAUAAUCCAGACGAUCCUAUGCUGAACACGGACUUUUGGAUUGACACAUUGCUGUAUCGCUUCCCUGAAGUCUUCGCUCCCACAUAUAAGCACGGAGGUCAUUGGUGGAUUCGGAUAUCGGCACAAAUUUACAAUGACCUGACGGAUUUUGAAGUCCUGGGUAAUGUGUACGGAAGAAUUUGUGACGAAUUGAAUGGAAACAGUUUGAGAAGCGAAGUUUUGGAUGACAACAAUGAAUAAAUUCUAAUUUCCGGAAGAACAGAACAGAUCAGA